AUGGACGACGUUAUCCCUGUUGUAGUAAUAGACAAUGGAUCUGGAUAUAUUAAAGCAGGUAUCUCAGGAGAUGAUGCUCCAAGAGCUACGAUUUAAACUGUUCUUGGAAAGUACAUAUAUCAUUAUAUCAUUCUAAUCAGACCUAAAUAGCCUGGAUAAAUGGUUGGGAUGGAUUAAAAGGAUACUUAUAUUGGAGAUGAAGUCAAUUCUAAAUUAGAGUAUUUCCAUUUUCACUAUACUCUAGAGUUUUAAAUGUAACUUAUCCUAUUGAUCAUGGAAUCAUUACUCGCUGGGAUGAUAUGGAAAAAAUUUGGCAUCAUGCUUAUUAUAAUGGUUACUCAUUAUAAUCAUUUUUAGAAUUAAGAGUUUCACCUUAAGAUCAUCCUGUUUUGAUGUCUGAACCACCUCUCAAUCCUGCUUCCAAUAGAGAAAAAAUGAUGGAAAUUAUGUUUGAAAAAUUUAAUGUUCCAUCAUUCUACCUUGCUAUUUAAUAAGUUCUCGCUUUAUGUGCAUCUGGAAAAACAACUGGUCUUGUUGUAGAUUCUGGAGAUGCUGUUACAGAAACUGUUCCCAUUUAUGAAGGCUUUGCUUUAUCUCAUGCAGUUAUGAAGAUUCAUCUUGCUGGAAGAGAUUUAACUGAUUAUCUAAUUAAACUUAUGGCAGAAUAAGGAAAAGAAUUUUCUAAUCAAAAAGAAACUGAAAGAGAAAAUGCUAAAGAUACUAAAGAAAAAAAAGUAUAUCUUAUUAUUUCUAUUCCAAUAGUGCUAUAUUGUUGGAGAUUUUGAAGCUGAAAUGAAAGUCUAUUAAGACUAAGGAAAAGAAAUAAUUCAUAGAAUGCCUGAUGGAAAUGAUAUCACUCUGGGUAGUUAAUUAUUCAAAUGUCCUGAAGCAUUAUUUCAACCUAUAAAAUUAAGUAAAGAAUUUUAAGGAAUUCAUGAAUUAACAUUUUAAUCAAUUAUGAAAUGUGAUGUUGAUAUUAAAAAAGUACUUAAUUUUGUUUAUGAAUAGGAUCUCUAUGGAAAUAUAGUGUUAGCUGGAGGUAGCACGAUGUUUAAAGGAAUGAAAGAUCGAUUACAAAAAGAAGUUAUUGCAUUAGCACCUUCUACAAUGAAAAUUUAUGUAUAAGAACCUCCUGAAAGAAAAUAUUCAGUUUGGAUGGGUGGCAGUAUUUUGGCAUCCUUAAGUUAAUUUUAACCUAUGUUUAUUACUAAAAAUGAAUUUCAAGAUUAUGGUACAGGUUAUGUACACAGAAAAUGCUUCUGA